AUGAGCGCAGUGCUUGCCAUGGCCGGAGCAGCAGAACCAGAAGGAGAGCCGAGCCGUGACGCAAAGAGCUGGACCACUGUGGGCUGGGCAGCUUUCCCUCUGGAGAAGUUCCAGCGCUGCAAGGAAGCUGUUUUGCAAGGCGCUGACAGACCGGGCUUGCAGGAGUUUGCAUCUUCGCCCAUGGGAGCUGUCUGGGAAGUACGCAAGACUUCUGUUCGGAGCCUUGGAGGCACGCUUUCCAGUAGCACUGCUCCGCGCAGGAAGAGUUUGAGGGCCUCUCGGACAGCUGCGGAGAUGGAUCGUGCCCUCAAGGAUCCCAACUUCGUGAUAUUUGAACUUGUCACGAAGGAGAACGUUCCGGAGCUGCUGUCCAAGAAGAUCCUUCAGUUGUCAGAUGACCAGAUCUACUAUCUCGCGGUGCAGCAGUGCCCCUUUCUUCCGGACAGUACCUUCACUGCCAACUUCAAGCUGAGAGCCAGGCACUGCACCAUCCAGCCACGCGUCAUCGGGCCUUGGGUUUGCACGACGACGAGCACCUCGCCUGCCCAUGCCCUGUUCAAAUACUACAUUGCCAUCGAUGAUCUGAGCAAUGAAAACAGCUUGGAAGAGGCUUGUGUUGGCCCCUUGCUACGGCUGCUUGGGAACAAUGCCGCCUCCAGUGAGCACCCUUUUCAAGUCGGUGGCGAAAUUUCCUAUCCGGUCUGCAGUUCGGAGGUGCAGGCUAUGACUCUCGGAUUUUUCGCUUUCAAGCGAAUGGAUUUGAAACUGGUGCGGAUCGAAUACCCUGGGCUCAUCACCACUGAGCCGGCUAUCUCACACCCAAUGGGUGCCUUUUGGAUGCUUCCUUUGGAGACCCUCUCCAAGUACCGAGACUGGAAGACGGUGCAGCUGAACUAUGCGCCGUUCCAGAUGUGCAUGACGUGGCUGACGGAGGACUGCUACAGCAGCGAAGACUUGUACAAGGAUGCCAUGACCACCAACCUCAAAAAGCGCAAAUCUGCCUUGAUUGCGGAGGUUGCCGAACUGAAGGAUGCCUUGAAUAUGAAGCAGGCAGAGUUAGCGAGUAUCGAAAAUUCGCUCAGCUCAGACCGCUAG